CUCAGACUCUUUGCUGUCCCUGAGACGCUGUUUAGAGUGUACUUGAAUCUGUUUCGUGUUACUUGCUUUCUCUAGGUUGUCUCUCUCUUUCUCUCGUUCUCUCUAUUUGAACAAACACACACACAUACACACACACACACAUACACACAUACACUUUCCCUUUCUCUCGGCUGAUAUUCUUGACUUCCACAAUGGACGUCGAAGCGCUGAUUGAGCAACUCACGUUGGAGGAGAAGGUGUCCCUCACAGCCGGCGUAAACUGGUGGCACACGGCGACGAUCGAGCGCCUGGGGAUCAAGCCGAUCCGGCUCUCGGACGGCCCCAACGGCGUGCGAGGCACCCGCUUCUUCGACAGCACACCCUCGGCGUGCCUCCCGUGCGGGACGGCCAUCGGCGCGACCUUUGACGUCGACCUCGUCCACCGCCUCGGCCAGCUGCUGGCUGACGAGGCGCACGCCAAGGGCGCCCACGUCCUGCUCGGGCCGACCAUCAACACGCAGCGCGGGCCCCUCGGCGGGCGCGGCUUCGAGUCGUACUCGGAGGACCCCGUGCUGUCGGGCAUCCUCGCCGGGCACUACGUCCGGGGCGUGCAGGAGUCGGGCGUGUCGGCGACGCUGAAGCACUUCGUCUGCAACGACCUCGAGAGCGAGCGCAUGGCGGUCAACGCGCUGGUGACGGACCGGGCGAUGCGCGAGAUCUACCUGCUGCCCUUCAUGAUCGCCAUCGAGAUGGGCCGGCCGCGGGCCAUCAUGACGGCGUACAACAAGGUCAACGGCGUCCACGCGGCCGAGAGCAAGGCGAUCCUGCAGGACAUCCUGCGCGGCGAGUGGGGGUGGGACGGGCUCGUCAUGAGCGACUGGUUCGGCACGUACAGCACCGCCGAGGCCAUCAAGGCCGGCCUCGACCUCGAGAUGCCCGGGCCGAGCCGGUGGCGCGCCGGCGCCCUGUCGCACGCCAUCAUGUCCAACAAGGUGAAGGUCGCGGAGCUCGACGCCGCCGUGCGCAACGUGCUCCGGCUGGUCAAGCACAGCCUCGAGAACACGUCGAUCCCGCCCAACGCGCCCGAGACCGAGGCCGACACGCCCGCGCACGCCGCCCUCCUGCGCGAGGCCGCCGCCAAGUCGCUCGUCCUCCUGAAGAACGAGGGCGGCAUCCUGCCGUUCGACCGCGCCAAGACCGUCGCCGUCAUCGGGCCUAACGCCAACAUCGCCACCUACUGCGGCGGCGGCAGCGCGGGGCUCCGGGCCUACCGCGCCGUCACGCCGCUCGAGGGCGUUAGGUCUCUUUUCGGCGAAGGUGGCGACGGCAAUGGCAACGGCAAAGUCUUCUUCUCCCAGGGCGCGUACGGCCACCAGUCCCUGCCGCUGCUCGGCAAGGCCCUGACGACGCCCGACGGCAAGCAAAAGGGCUUCGUGCUGAGGAUCUACAACGACCCGCCGCCCAAGGCCACGGAGCGGGCGGCGGACGGCCGGAGCGCGCUCGAGGAGCGGGUGCUGGACGACGCCAACAUCUGGUUCGUCGACUACGAGAACGCCGAGCUCGCGCCCGUGUGGUGGGCCGAGACGGAGGGCGUUCUCGUGCCCGAGAGGUCGGGCGAGUGGGACUUUGGGCUGUCGGUGCACGGCACGGGCGAGCUGUACAUCGACGGCGAGCUCGUCGUGUCCAACGUGGAGGACCAGCGGCUGGGGAGCAGCUUCCUCGGGUGCGGCACGGUGGAGGAGGUCGGCAGCAAGAGGCUGGAGGCCGGGCGGUCGUACCGGGUGCUGGUGCGGUUCGGGUGCUCGGCGACGACGAAGCUGAAGGCGUCGGGCACCGUCGACUUCGGCCAGGGCGGCGUGCGGUUCAGCGGGUGCCCGAGGCUGGAGCCGGCGGCGGCGAUCCGGGAGGCCGUCGAGGUGGCCAGGAGCGCCGACCAGGUCGUCGUCUGCACGGGGCUCAGCGGCGAGUGGGAGUCGGAGGGGUUCGACAGGACGACGAUGGCGCUGCCGCCCGGCACGGACGACCUCGUGGCGGCGGUGCUGGCGGCGAACCCGAACACGGCGGUCGUCGUGCAGAGCGGCACGCCGGUGGCGAUGCCGUGGAUCGACCGGGCCGGCGCCGUGCUGCACGCGUGGUUCGGCGGCAACGAGGCCGGCAACGGCAUCGCGGACGUGCUCUUUGGAGAGGUGAACCCGGUAGGUGACCCCCUAUUCCUUUGUCCUAUGAUCCGAGAAAAACCGAAGACGGCCGGAAAGCUCCCCCUCACGAUGCCGCGCCGGGUGGCCGACAACCCGGCGGCCCUCAGCUUCCGCUCCGACAACGGCCGCGUGCUCUACAGCGAGGACGUCUACGUCGGCUACCGGUGGUACGACACGCUCGACGUCGAGCCCCUGUUCCCCUUUGGGCACGGCCUGUCGUACACGACGUUUGAGGUCUCGGAUCUCGAGGUGUUUGAGGCUCCGGCCAAGGAGGCCAACGGACACAUCAAUGGGCAUACAAACGGACACACCAACGCAAGCGACACCCUCGUCGUCCGCGCCAGGAUCACCAACACGGGCUCCCGCGCGGGCGCCGAGGUGGUGCAGGUCUACGUAACGCCGGCGGCGCCGACGCCGCUGACGAGCUCGACGCGCGACACCAUCACGCGGCCGGCCAAGGAGAUGAAGGGCUUCGCCAGGGUGUCGCUCGAGGCCGGGGCCAGCGGCACGGCCGAGGUGGCGCUGGACGUGCUGCGGGCGACGAGCUACUGGAGCGAGAUGGAGGACUGCUGGCGCAGCGACGCCGGGACGUACGGCGUCCUCGUCGGGACGAGCAGCCGCGGGCGGUUCCUGGAGGAGACGGUCGUCGUGGAGAAGACGAGGAGGUGGAAGGGUCUCCGCGCGUAA